UCCUCAGGCACUGGAGAAUGGCCGUGAUAAGACUUUGCUAUGCACGAACAGACAGGAGAUCAUGCUCGAAACAGGAAAAGAAAACGUUUCGGUUAAGACCUUCGCAUCACAAAACUUCCUAUUAGAUUCAACCUUCAGUUCAUACCGUCUCACAUCUUCAGCUGCUCUUCACCGAAGCACAUCGAAAGAUCCGAGUUCUGUUUCAAAGAUGGGAAUUUGGUUGUCAUGGAAACUGAUACUAGUUGCGUCGAUUCUUUUUCUGACAAGUUUGGCUUCUUCGGAAUCGCCCGACCCUUUAACCGAUCCCACCUCAUCUGAUACUCGCGAGGAUAAACCACUGCCGAAUAAAAUUUCCUCGGUGCAGUUAGGGUCUGUUUGUGUCAACAUUUACGACAGUCAAACAACUUCACGAAAUAAGAAAAUCUAUUUCUACUCGCCGAUGGCUCUGCUAAAUCACCUGAAUGUCGUUUCCAUUCACAAUCAAACGGUCACCCAGGGAAUUCUCAGUGCCAGUUUUUCAAUUUGGAAUCAAGAGGUCAGAAAUAAAGUGGUCCAGCACCUUUCCCAGCUCCUCAGUCAACAGAUCGAGCCCAGUCAAGUGAAAAUUUUUCCUUUCGACAGUGUCAGGCUGACCAGUAAAGUGCAAUCUGCUGAUUUCUCACUGACAAAUGAGUGGCGCCUGUAUGACAAUCAGCAGACACUCAGGUUUACCUUGAUCUGCCCGACACGGGAAGAUUGCGAUCAAGUGAAAACUCAAAUGCGCAACAGUCCUGAACAAUUUCGACAUUUGCAACUUGAUUUUAAUCCUAAAUUGAACGACGAUGAUUGUUUCAAUGAUGAGGUUGGAGUAGCUAAAGAAAACGAAUUGCCAGCACAAGUCAAAGAAUUAUUGGUAAAUCUCGAAGACAAAUUUAAGAAAGAGCUAAUCGCCAUUAGGGAAGAAACAAAAAGGGAUUUUGUAGCAACUUCACAGAUGCUAGCAGCUAAAAUAAAAGUCACUGAAGAAAAUCUAGCAGUGGUACAAAACAAGUUGGAAAUUACCGAAAAAGAGUUGGAAACCACCAAAACAUCAUUGACCUCAACUAGGAUCGAAUUGAGUCACACGAAAUCCACCGUCGAUGAUCUGACGACCAAAUUAAAAACAAAUUCACAACGAUUAGAUAACGAACUAAAAGCUACCGAAGACAAUCUGAGAAAAGAACUGAGCGCAACUUUGAAUCAAUUGGAAACCACAACAACAAAUUUGGCCUCAACGAGAACGGAAUUACGAAGCACAAAUGCUAUCGUUGAAGAUUUGACAACAAAAUUAAAUUCCCGAACGAACAAAAUAGUUGACAUCGGUCAUAUGCCAACCUCGUGUGAAGAUUUGGAGCGAAUGGGACAAAAAGUCAGUGGAUUCUUUUCUGUUAAAGGAGCCAGGAAGAUGGAAAUGAUUUACUGUGAUUUUCAUCCUAAUAAAAAUGAUUUGCAAAAAUGGAUCGGAUACGCCGACGUCAAAUCUGCGCCCGUCCAUUUCUACGUCACGAGAAAUUCGUCAUUUUACACAGAAUACACUCCGAUUCCGUUCGAUUUGGCGCGGGUGAACGAGGGAAACGCCAUGAAUUUGACAUCGGGGAUAUUCACGGCACCGCGACCGGGAAUUUAUUUUUUCUCAUUCGCGGGAACGGCGUAUAUGUCAGAAUCGUCUUAUAAUUUCUAUUCUCGCCUUUUUCUGAACGGGAAUCGAAUCGGUAGAAGUUUAAUUCGAGGCAGAAACAGUCUGAGCUAUAAAUUGAGUCCGCUGACCCUCCAGUGUACGCUGGACUUGAAAAAAGGCGAUCAACUCUGGGUGACGAUUGAAUGUUCUGAUUCCUCGUAUUUGUAUGAAGACGGUCAUUAUGGUGGUUUAUAUUACAGCCCCAUGGGAAUGGGCGGUGGUUUUGACGACGGUGGCCACGACACUCAUUUCGCGGGUUUUAUGUUGGAAGAGGAAAUUGUGGCGUCCUUUUGAGGUUCAACAUCAUCGGCGACCCGAACAUUUGGGGGAAGGGAAGAAAAUUCGUUCGACUCUAAUUCAUUAAGGGGUAGGAAUUUCUGUACCAAAAUUUGACUAUGGAUGCAAUUACGCUUACUGAAUACACACAUUAAGUUUCAAA